AUGGCGGAGGAACCACAGCCGAAGAAAUGGAAGGGGGGCGAGGAGCAGGAGCGCAGCGCUGAUGAUGCCAUGGCGACGCGCCACAAGGUGUGGCAAGCCAUGGCUCCUUUCAGGGAAGGAACGCGAAGGCCCACGCCAGCGGACAUCAAGCGCACGACAGACAAGUUCUUCGAAGCAAACAGCAGUGCCUCUGUGGAGAAGUGCAAGGAUGCCCUGAAGGAGCUCAUGACACAGACGGGCUGCAACAAAGUCGCAGACGACGCCUUGCUCAACUCUGCUGUUGCUGCCAUGGCACCAAAGGAUGGCACUGUCAACGUCCCAGACUUUCUCCUCUGCUGGAACAACUGGAUGAAAUUGGGCGAGCGCCCCCGCACAGCGCUGAUUGUCGUUGAUGUCCAGCAUGACUUUAUCGACGGCAGCCUCGCCCUUCGCGCAUGCGACGCCAAGCAGGAUGGGGCAGAGGUUGUGCCAAUCAUCAACGCACUUCACCGGACAGCUCCAUUUGACCUCGUCGUCAUCACCAAGGACUGGCAUCCACGUGACCACAUUUCAUUCCACCCAAACCUUACGCAAGAGCGGCUCCAUUCCAGCGAAACGCGAAAUGUCAAGGACAUCCCACUCUUCGCACAGGUAAAGCUUGCUGACGGGCAGACCCAGACUAUGUGGCCGGCGCACUGCGUCCAGGGAUCAAAGGGUGCUGAGCUGCACAAGGACCUCGAAGUGGGAAACCUGGACCACACCGUCGUCAAGGGAACCAACAGCAUGAUUGACUCGUACUCUGCGUUCUUUGACAACGCCCGCAAGUCCAAGACACCGCUCUCAGACCUCCUCCGCCGCUACAAGAUCGAUGACGUGUACUGCUGCGGGUUGGCCUACGACCGGGAACAGCAACACGAAUGCCAGUGA